AUGGGAAAUUUUGGUUGGAAUUAUGCAGCGCUCAUCUUUCUGGCGAUGCCUUGUUUCUUUGCAUUGGAGACGAUAGCAUCAACAACAACGGAAGCUGAAGCUCUUCUCAAAUGGAAGAGCAGCCUGUCAGUGUUUGAAGGGUUUUCUUUUCCACUGGAUUCAUGGUCACUAUCCAACCUAAGAAACAUGUGUAAUUGGACGGGUAUUGUCUGCAAUGCCGGUGGUGUAGCUAUUGUUUCUGAGAUCAAUCUUCCUAAUGCUCAUCUCUGUGGUACUCUUCACCACCUCAAUUUUACUUCUUUUCCAAGCCUCACUCGUUUCAACAUCACUGGUAACUAUUUCAAUGGAUCAAUCCCUCCUGCCAUCGCUGAUUUGUCCGACUUGGUCUUCUUGGACUUGAGCAACAAUGAGUUUGAUGGAAAGAUACCGCCACAGAUUGGGAAUUUGACGGAGCUUCAGCACCUCGACCUUAGUGUAAACUUCAUUAGUGGAGUUAUUCCUCACCAGAUUGGGAACUUGAGGAGAGAGCUUGAGUACCUCGACCUUAAUGGCAACGAUCUGAGUGGAGUUAUUCCUCAUCAGAUUGGAAACCUUCAAAAGGUAUGGUUCCUAGACAUUGGGCAUAAUAAUCUGUUGUUAGAUGCUUCUCACUGGUCCUCUAAAGUUAAGAGUUUUCCUAUGCUCAGACAUUUCAGUUUCGCUUCGGGUACAUUGAUAUCGUUCCCUGAUUUCAUACUAUAUUCUCGCAACCUAACUUAUCUUGAUUUGAGUCUAACCUGUUUGAAUGGAUCAAUUCCUGAGUCAUUGUUUACAAACUUGAAGAAGCUUGAGUGUCUCCAUCUUUCUUUCAAUGAAUUUUCUGAGCCUUUAUCACCUAACAUUAACAAUCUGUCUAACCUUAAAGAUCUUCGAUUGUCAGGAAAUCAAUUCCAAGGUGAAAUCCCAUAUUCCAUAGGCCAACUCAAAAAUCUUCCGGUCUUGGACAUAGGCCAAACUCAAAAAUCUUCCGGUCUUGGACAUUAG